AUGGCGGGUCUGACAACGAGGUUCGAUUACAGGCAUAAUUGCGAGUUACUUGUGGGUAAAUAUGACUUUAUCUCGGUAAUCAUCACUUUAGACGACGAGGGUUGUUUCAAGGCGUGUGCGGUACGGUCUUUUGAAGACUCUCGUGAGGGGCUUUUGUACUCGGAGCCCUGCCGCGGGGCAAUGGAUGCUAUUCAGUCACUAUUCAACAAAUCGUGUACGGCGGUUAACGAAUACAUCACCACCAACAACGGGUUCUCGUACCCUCCGGAACCCAAACUAUUUAAGGACUUACUUACGGACGAUGACGAUACAUUAUCCACAGUCUCGGGGGAUUCUGUGUCCACGACCGUCACCCUGUCGUAUUGGGGCAGUGAGGACGAUGAGGCAGCCCGGAAGCCAACUUCAUCUGCUGAACCUGUUAACGGGCAGGGUAACAACAUCGGUAAACGUCGUAGCAAGCCGAGCUACAAGCCAAGCUACAAACCGAGUAAACCAGUUACGGGACUCGGAUCUUGGAGUCCGAGAGUUGGAAGCCCCGAAUCCAUCGUCUCUGACGAUGAUCAGCGUCGGCCGCCCUCUCGCACUAGAUUCGCGAAUUCCACAUUCACACUAUCAUCACCUGCUGCUACUGCUUAUCCCACGGGAUGGACUACACCCCCUAGGCCACCGCAGACUCCUGUAGUUCGCCUGCCUUUGUCAAAACCCCAGUCUCAUCAACUCGGUCCGCAAUACCACGCACAUCCACCACCACCGCCGCCGCCUCCGAUUCCCGCGCAGCCAUUUUCAGCACACCACGCCCCGACAGUAGCUGGGAUGGGGUCCAGUAGCCCAACAAGCUCCGAAAGUACUGGCAUGAAGCCCAACAAUGCCACCACUAUCCCGACCACGUCCCUGCAUUACAAGGCUAGUGCACCGAACCUCGGCAGCGCGGCAAGCAGCCAUAACCAUAACCAGCACAACCAUCAGCACCAUCAACUUCAUCGUCACGCGGCUAGUUUAGCACCAAUGACGAGUCCUCAACACCAACCCCAGAACCAGCAUCAGCACAUCAGCCCUGGUAAUGGUCACAACCAAAACGCGUACCGUCUCUACGACGUCCGCCUCAACAUCCGCUGGCUCGGUCACGGGGAACAGCGGGUCCUAGAGAAGACGCGGGCGAGCAAGGGCGCGCUGCAGGAACUCGCCAUCGCGUACGUGCGAGCGCACGCCUCGGGAUUCGGCAAGAACAGCAGCACCAACAGUUCCUCUUCACAGCAGCAGCAGCAGGGUCACGGCAACAGCAACAACAACAACAACAACAGCGGCAAUAGCAAUAACAACACUGGUGAGCCAGGGUGGAUGCUAUGCGCCCGCGUGCGAAGCGCCUGCUUCGAGCCCGGAGAAGAGUACGACAUGUCGACGUACCGUGGCGACGACCUGACCAAGCUCUUCAGCGCGCUAGGUGGCAGCAGCGCCAGCUUCCCGAGGUUCGAGAUCGAUGUUGAGGAUUUUUUGGCAUCGUCGCCGCCGAGGGUCGUGCAGGGACAUCAGCAGCAGCAGCAUUAG